AUGCCUGCAACCACUCGCCUUGUGCAACAUCAACUUCGACUGCCUCCUGGAGAUCAAGGAGCGGGCCACAGCGACGACUACAGAGAGGGACAAGACAUUCACUUUAUUUCCCGACAGCAACACACCCUGUACAUCAUAUCCGAGCAUGAUUAUGCCGACUCCCUGAUCUCCAUCCUUCGCGAGCGCGACGCCUGCACCAAGAUAGCUCCUCACCGCAUUGGGACGCCGCUUCGACCAUCCAUCCAGCGAAGACCACCUCGUCCGCUCAUGGCCACGCUCACUUACUCGCACAAUGCGCAAUCCGACUUUGAAGCCCCUCCUGGCAGCCCGCCGGACCUGACAAACUCAAAGUCGUCCAAAUCAUCCAGCGUCCAUUCCUCGACCCUCUCAGACUUCAUGGCCCCUAGCGACCUCUCGCACUUUGAGGACAUCAACCUGGACGAGGCGAGAGGUGGGCCCUCUUCCUUUCCCCUACCUGUCAACCCGUCUAAUCGCAUCAUCUUCGAAGCCUCCAGAUCAUCCCCCUCAACCGGCCGAAGCCUCUCACAUCCGCAUACGGCGGCGCAUAAUUCGAUCCGCGAUUUGACGGGCGCGGCAAAACCGAGAUAUCCGAGCUUGAAGGGCCAGGUCCAACAUGUCUUGCAGAGGCCGCAAACACAGCUCUCUGCCCCGGGCAAGUCGCUCAGAAGGGGCUUCACAUCACCCUCUGCCCCCUCUCUCACGAGCGUGGGCCUCUCAGCCCCCAAGCGCUCCUCGCGCUCCCAAUCGCCCUCGAAUCCGCAAAAAACGUCGCCUUCUUCACCACGCACUCUAUCACGGAAAAGUUCGCGGAAUUUAGACAUCCUGCCGUCACCCUCCGUGGGCGCCAGAAGACAAUCAUGGCAAGAUGCGAAGCGGAAAACGGUAAAGGAGAGGGAAGCGGAAUGUGACGACGAAGACGACGAGCUGCCAGAGGAUGCUGUAAUUUGGAAUGUGCCCAUCUCGCCCCGACCUGCUCAGGAGCGGUCACCAGCACCAUCGACAUGUGGUAGUCCACCGCGGACAUCCCCGAAUCCCAGUACCAGGGAUCCAUCAUCUACGAGGGCAUCUCCUGCCCCUCCACUAUCACGCCGCCACUCCCCACAGCCCCCCUCGCCCAAUGUCGCCCCGGCGGAAGACUUCGCGCCAUCCCAGUUAGUUCGGCAGCGAACGCACACUUGGGAACACACAUAUACUGCUCUAGAUCCAGAUGCAAGGAAGCUCACAGAGGCAUUGGAAGAGUUCCAGUCCGAGUUUGAGCGGAAGCAAGAGGUUAAACGGCAGCAGCCUGGACUCACGCGAUCCGCAUCCCUGAAUCGACGAGAGCCAAAGGCAAAGAAAACGGGACUCCCCCCAGUCCGCAAGAGCGAUCCGCUCAUCGAUCCCUUCCAACCCUCAGCCGAGAAGCAGAAGUAUCUUUCGAGGACACGGCCUUCAUGGCUUCCGCCCAAGAACCCCAAGGAAGAGAAGAAGCACCUGAAGGAGUACCAGCAAAUGCUGGCUCGGAUUGAGGAAGCCGAACGUCUCGAGGCCCAACGCACCCAGGAUGAAGCCCUUGCCCGCGAAAAGAACUCUCGCAUAAAGGCAGAAUACUGGUCGACCACGCUCCUUCCUAACUGGGCUACUGAAAUGACAACCCCCGAGGUCCGCACUGCACAUAGGAAGAUGUGGUGGAAUGGAAUUCCACCGCGGUUGCGAGGGGAAGUGUGGUCGAAAGCCAUUGGCAAUGACCUCGAAAUUACUGAGGUGACGUACGAUAUUGCCUUGGAGAAGGCGAGGAAAGAGAUUGGAGAGACGGGACAAAACUCAUUGCAAGGCCGAUAUGCGCAUAUUGUUGAAAGCAAAAGCGCAGUAUUCCCCGAGCUCAAAAUGUUUGCAGCGCAAACGUCACCGACAGCGCACGACGAGCAGCCACUACACCAGGAUCUCGUGAACCUAUGCCUAGCCUACUCAACCUACCGACCUGACAUCUCGCACGCUAGCAGCGGUGUCCAGCACAUCGCCGCCCUCCUUCUCCUCAACCUUGCCGCUCCGCAAGCCUUCAUCGCCCUCUCAAACUUGCUCAAUCGCCCCUUGCCGCUAUCCUUCCUUGUCCACGACGCGAACGCCAUCCACGCCGCAUACUCCACAACCAUCCACGCUUUGUCCAAGAAAUCACCCAAUCUAGCCGAACGGCUAGAGGUGCUGCGCGUAGAGCCACGAGACUACCUGGUCGACAUGUUCGGUAGCUUGUUCUGCGGCAGACUGGGUGUAGAAUGUGCAGCGAGAAUCAUGGAUGUGUAUACGGUAGAAGGCGACAAGAUACCGCCGCGGGUUGCUGUUGCGAUUCUAGGCAUACUAGAGGGAAGCUGCUUGGAGGGUGACGCGGAUCAAGUGGCCAAAAUCCUACGAGAGAAGCCGAUCGACCUGGAUGUAGACGACUUCAUGAGUAGAGUGUACGAAGCGGGCAAGAGCUCGUGA